AGAGUAAAUUUUUGACGUACUCUCAACGCCAGCGGCGCUGCAGUCGACGUGCGCUUGGAAAAUGGCGAUCGAGAUCGAAUCAGCAGACGUCGUUCGCCUCAUACAGCAAUACCUGAAGGAGAGCAACCUCUUUCGGACUCUUCAAGUCUUACAGGAAGAGACGUCCAUAUCCCUGAACACAGUAGACAGCGUCGACAGCUUUGUCCAAGACAUCCACAGUGGUCACUGGGACACUGUUCUCAAGGUUGUCCAAUCGCUGAAGCUGCCGGACAAAAAGCUCAUCGAUUUAUAUGAGCAGGUGGUGCUAGAGCUGAUCGAGCUGCGUGAACUUGGUGCAGCUCGGUCUCUCUUGAGGCAGACAGAUCCCAUGAUCAAGUUAAAGCAAGAGGAGCCAGAAAGAUACAUUCACCUCGAAAACCAGUUGGCGCGUUCCUACUUUGACCCGCAAGAGGCGUACCCCAGUGGGAGCAGCAAAGAACGACGGCGGGCAGCGAUAGCACAGGCCCUGUCGGGAGAGGUGAGCGUAGUGCCCCCCUCCCGCCUCCUGGCACUGCUUGGCCAGGCGCUCAAGUGGCAGCAACACCAGGGGCUUCUGCCUCCCGGGACGACCCUCGAUUUGUUCCGUGGCAGAGCCGCCCUGAGGGGAGGUCAGCAGGAGGAGGAGCGUUUCCCCACACAGCUCUCUCGCAUGAUGCGCUUCGGGCCCAAGGCACACGUCGAGUGCGCCCGUUUCUCGCCCGACGGGCAGUUUCUGGUCACGGGCUCCGUGGAUGGGUUCAUAGAGGUCUGGAACUUCACCACCGGCAAAAUCCGCAGAGAUCUCAAGUAUCAAGCACAGGACAAUUUCAUGAUGAUGGACGAUGCCGUUAUUUGCAUCUGCUUCAGCAGGGAUUCUGAAAUGUUGGCUUCUGGGGCACAGGAUGGCAAAAUCAAGGUGUGGAAGAUUCAAACGGGUCAGUGCCUGCGGCGGUUUGAGCGUGCUCACUCCAAAGGUGUCACCUGCCUCAGUUUUUCUCGGGACGGCAGUCAGCUGCUCAGUGCUUCUUUUGAUCAGACCAUAAGGAUCCACGGCUUAAAGUCUGGGAAGUUGCUAAAGGAGUUCCGUGGCCACACCUCGUUUGUGAACGAUGUCAUCUUCACGCCCGAGAGCCACCACCUACUCAGUGCGAGCUCGGAUGGCACGGUCAAACUGUGGAGUGUCAAGAGCACCGAGUGCCUGAGCACCUUCAAGUCCCUCGGUGCAGCCGGUGGCAUGGCCGGUGGCAUGGGCAGUGACAUCACUGUGAACUCUAUCCAUGCACUGCCCAAAAACCCCGAGCAUUUUGUUGUCUGCAACCGUUCCAACACAGUCUCCAUUAUGAACAUGCAGGGACAGAUUGUGCGCAGCUUCUCCAGCGGCAAGAGGGAAGGCGGCGACUUUGUCUGCUGCACCCUGUCUCCAAGGGGAGAGUGGAUUUACUGCGUGGGAGAGGACCACGUCCUGUACUGCUUCUCCACAGUCUCUGGCACACUUGACCGGACACUUACCGUUCAUGAAAAAGAUGUCAUUGGUGUCUGUCAUCAUCCCCACCAGAACCUCAUUGCAACAUACAGUGAAGAUGGUCUUCUCAAGUUGUGGAAACCAUAACAGCAGCAUUGUAAAUAAAUACUACACAGUGUAAAAGUAAAAAGA